UGUCUUGUUAUCGCUGGUGUCGUCGUUGGUGUCGUUGUCAUCGCUGGUGUUGUUGUUGUCGUUGGUUUGGUGCCAUUUCUUGCAUGCAUCCCAACUUUUUUGUGGGAUUUCUCCGGUGUUCUUGUGAAUUUACGUGUUUCUCCGGCGUUUUUGUGGAAUGGCUUUGCAUUCUUUUCUGGCGUUCUUAUAAGUG